UCAUGGAGAUGAAAUAUGAUACUAGUUAAUAAUUUGGAUUUAUUCGCCUCAGCUGACACAUUCAACAGCAGACAGGUUUUUGUCACAGUCACAUUCACUGUGGGAGGAAACUGGUACCUCAUCUUUGGCUCUGGAACUAAACUGUAUGUAGUUGAGCAGGUAGUGAAGCCCGUGGUGAGCGUGUACCCAGCAGCCCACCUGGAGGGGAAGAGCUCCCUGCUGUGUCUGGCCUCAGCCAUGUCUCCUCCUGUGGUCCAGUUCUCCUGGAAAAGACAGAAGAAGAACGGCACGCUGGAGGAUCUGCCCCCUGCUGAGGGAGAGCAGCUGGAGCUCAGAGAGCCGGGACGCACCGCCUCCAUCCUGCUGCUCCAUCAGCAAGAGAACAGCACAGAUAAAUACCGCUGCUACGUCAAGCACGAGGGGGGAACAGUGGAGGCCCAAACAGAACAAGAGCUUCCAGCUCCAGCAGCCUCCUGUCCUCCAGAGAGAGAGCCAGCAGACCUGCCAGCUCUGCAGCAAGCUGACUUGUCCUUCCAGUCUCAGUACCAGGUGAAGCUGCUCUGUGUGCUGUACACAGUGCUGAUAGUGAAGAGUCUGGUGUACUGCUGUGGACUCUCUCUGCUGAUGAUCCUCAGAAACAAGGGACCGUCCACCAACUGCACACAUGCUGACUGACUGUUUUCUGCUCGCCUUUUCUCACCAUCACAUCUCAUCAAUUCAUCUCAUUUAUCACUUUGAUCAGUGUUCACAAAUGUCACUUAUGACGUGUUGUGCUUGGUUUUACAUUUUCUGUCUUUAUGCACAAGUUAGAUACAGUUGUGCUGAAUAUAUAAAUACAUAUAUACACAUAUAUAUUUACAAAUUAAACCUUA